AUGUUUCAUUGCUGGAGCGAUUACAGUUUUGGAUAUGGCAUUCUACAGUCCACUAGGCAUGAAGCAACCCACAAUGAGCCCAAUGACAACGAAGCUUUGGUGCCUUACACUUCAACUACGGCUGUGGGAGAGUCGGCAGCGGACUCUGUCUCAGCCGCCUUGACAGUUGGCGAGACCGUGGCAACUGCCCUGAGCCAGACCGGAGGUCCUUCAUGGCGAAAUCGGUUCAGCGCAGCUUUCACGGUUGAAUUUUCUGGCGUGUCAAACGGAGUGAUCAACAUGACUCUGUUGGGGGACGAAGCGACAAUUCUGCCUUCAGAUGAUGUGUGGACGACAAGACAGCGCGAACAGAUUUCCAAACAUGCAAUGCCACUGGUUCGAACAGCGUUGACUGCACAUGGUGAGACGCAGCGGCUUGUUUUGGACGACGGACGAUUGCAGACUGUUUUGGAGGAUGGUUUACCGGAGCAUGCAGAUGAGAAUUUUCACUCCACUGAUUUUGGACCAGAAGGUGACCUGACUUUGCGUGUGAAUGCAGAUGGUGACAACUCUUCUGGUUUUCGACCUCGCUUUGUGGGAACUGCGACCCAAGUGUCCACCAUCUUGGUCCGUGGCAAGUUACCACUCCAAGGGUUGCAGUGCAGUUUGGACCCAGAUCUGAUCCAGGUGACUCUUCUGACUCAGGCAGUUCACAGCCCAGUCCUAUUGCAGUGGAGCAUGCGCCGUAGGGCCAUGCAGGAACAUUCCAAACGCAGGAAGUCUGAUUCUGCAGGUGGCACUGGUUUGGCAAGUAUCAGUGUUGCUACACCGCACGGAGCCCAGCUUGCCUUUUCUGCUGCAGUUGACACAAUUGCCGAUGAGUGCAACAUGAAAUUGGAGACUUGCAACAGAUUGGAGUCUCAGAUUGGCGAUGCAGUUUUGAGAUUACAACGCAAGGAGUCAUUUAAGAUGCCUUGGGAUGAAGUGCCACACAAACAAUUUUGGAACCAUGCAAAGCCUGUGGAUCUCUUCAAACUGCCUUUGCUGGGAAGGUUUGACAAACCUGCUUUCCACCCUGUGGCUCAGAUGGUGGAGGACCAGCUCAACCAAUGGGCAAGUGACAGGCCUUUCGCCAGCAAGAGGCUUUUAGCUGCGAGGUUUGCCCAAACAGACGAUGCUUUACUGGCAGGGGCCUUGAGAAAGUUGCGCAACAUUCUUCUGUAUCAUCCAGCUGACUCUCAAUUAGGACGUGCACUGUUGGACAAAGCUGGAUCUUUGAUUGCUGAAGAUGAUCUACAGAGAUCGCUGCGAGACAGUGUUUCAAGCAAGGCAGUGGGCACAGUCGUGAAGCGCAUUUCUGACUACAACAAAUUUGCCCAGUUUUUGGUUUCGGAUUGCCACAAACGACCAUUGCAGCCCAGUGAGUCUGACUUCUACAGGUAUCUCUGUCACAUGAAAGAGACUGGAGCAGGCGCUACCUCAGGUGCCACAUUGUUGCAGGCCUGGUCAUUUUUCAGGUUCACAUUUGGUGUGGACGCUGGAGAUCAAGGAGCCUUGGUGUCAGGGCGGGUCCGAGGCGUGGUGAAUAUGAUGUUCUCUUCCAAACGCAAGCUGACCCAAGCACCACCUAUUCCUGCAGACUAUGUGUACCGGAUGGAACGCUUCCUACAAACCAGCUCAGACAACAGGGUCCGAACAAUUGUUGGAUUCAUGCUAUUUUGCAUAUACAGUUGCUCUCGAUUCGGAGACGCAGCCAAGGGAGACCCUCGGGAGCUCCAGUUCCAGGUUGCUGCAUCUUCGGACUUGACCCUGGUUGAAAUUGGGCUCAGCAGUUACAAGACGGCCACCGGUGAGAGGCGGGCUAUUUUGUUGCCGCUAAUUGCAUUGGGAUGUGGCUUGGACGAGAACAGUUGGGCCAUGGCUUGGAGAGCAGCGCGUAAGGCUUCUGGUGCUGACAUUAUGGGCCACUUGAUGAGCGCAGAUUCACAGUUUGCAGAAGUUUGGUUGGACCGCCGAAUGACGACUGCUGAAGGCAGCUACUGGGUCAAAGAUGUGUUGGUGAUGCUGGGAAUGGAUGCUGUUAGCGCCAAUGCUUACAGCUCCCAUUCAUUGAAGUCAACAUGUCUUUCUUGGGUGUCAAAGGCCGGCAACAUGACCCUCCAAGAGAGAUUAUGGUUGGGGCAUCAUGAGACUGAAGAAGGCAAGAUGGCAGUCACUUAUGCAAGGGAUGCACUCGUAGCUGCAAUCAUCAAACUGCGCUUGGUGGUGGAAGCGAUCAAAAAGGGUUUGUUCGACCCUGAUUUGCCAAGAGCCGAACGUAUCGCGCAGGCAACUGGAGCCUCAUUUGACUCCCGAACGAUUGCUGAGAAAUCUCACAUCGAAGUCGAGACCGAAAAUCGCCUGGCUGCGGAAGAGCUGCACUUUGCAGCUGACAUGGCUGGUUCGGAUGUGGAUGAUGCCGCGGCAGUUGGUGAAACGCCCAGUGCUUUGCCUGGUGAGAGAGUUGCACAUUACCGCAACCCAUUUCCUCCGAUUGCCCCUGGGUGUUGUGUCAAGCACCGACUUUCAGGGAUCGUUCACAUGAUUUCGGAUGUUGAGAAACUGGCCUGUGGCAGGCGGAUCACGUGCAAUAUGAUUCCAAUGGAAGAUUCUUUCGGCGACCCUGGCCAGAUGGAGUUCUGCGAACAAUGCAGAGCUGUGAGCGGCUUAUGA